AUGGCUCGGAGGAGAGAUAAACUGGUUGCUGCAACAGAUACUAGCCUCCCACCCUUCAGGACCUUCUUGAGAUUGGAUUGCCUUAUUAUAAGCGUUUCACUUCGCUCUCUCGAUCUCAUGUUCAUCAGGUUAAAGAAACAAAUUAACGAACCACCUUCUUACAAAGAAGCUUUACUCUAUCAUUUUUGGCAUAAAGCUAUGCUUGAGGAAUUUUCUGCUCUUCAGAAGCAACACACUUGGUCUUUGGUCUCUCUACCACCUGCCAAAAAUGCCAUAGGUUGUAAAUGGGUUUUCAAGGUUAAAAGGAACUCUGAUGGCAUAAUUGCCAGCUCAGGUUAUCUUUUAUCUCAGUCCAAAUAUGCCAAUGAUAUUCUUCUUAAAGCUGGUUUAUCCUCUUGUAAGCCUUGCUCUUCACCUAUCUUUGUCAAGCCUAGUACUCCUCCUAAUGCUUCCUUGCCAUUUUCCAAUCCUGCUCUCUAUAGAAGUAUUGUUGGAGCUUUGCAAUACCUUAUUAUCACUAGACCUAAUCUUUCUGUCUUUGUCAACCAAGCUUAUCAAUUUAUGCAUGCUCCUACAAUUGGAAAUUUUGUUGCAGUCAAGCGCAUUCUCAAAUUUGUUCAAGGCACCCUCACUCAUGGCUUGAGUUUUUCUCCUAGUACCUUUGAUGUUAAUGGGUAUUCAUAUUCUAAUUGGGUAGGAGAUGUUCAUGAUAGGAAGUCUACAUUUGGUUAUUGUGUUUUCUUCGGCUCUAAUUUGGUUUCCUAG